AUGCCCAGGUGCGCAUGCCCAUCCCGCCUCAACUCUCCCAAAGCAUUCCCCUCGGAGCAGUCCCUCUUUACGCAAAUACGCAUGCUCAGUGCGACGUUGCCAUGGCGAUGGAGCAACGCGAGAGGCGCCAUGAACCGCAGCAAGACCAUUGUGAACAAAGGAUCAUUUGGUAAUCUGAAACAAAGGGAGCAACGUAGCAUCAUACGAUUCAAAUGUGUUUUGACAAAUACUAUCCUGGAUGUUCUGCGGCAGCGACCUGGAUGGGUUGAAGUUAAGGAUGAAGGUGAAUGGGACUUUUACUGGUGUGACAUCAGCUGGCUGCGAGAGAACUUUGGCUACACGUAUAUGGAUGAACAUGUUCGUGUCUGUCAUUUUCGCAAUCACUAUGAGCUGACACGAAAAAACUUCAUGGUAAAAAACCUGAAGAGGUUUCGCAAACAUCUGGAGCGUGAGCAGGGGAAGCUAGAGGCGGCUAAAUGUGACUUCUUUCCAAAGACGUUUGAGCUGCCUGUUGAGUACCACCUGUUUGUGGAGGAGUUCAAGAAAAACCCAGGAAUCACAUGGAUUAUGAAACCGGUUGCAAGGUCACAGGGAAAAGGUAUCUUUCUUUUCCGAAGACUCAAAGAUAUCAUGGAAUGGAGAAAGGAUGGGACUCGUGCAGAUGACUUGAAAGAUGAAGCUACAGUAGAAAGUUACGUUGUUCAGCGGUACAUUGAGAACCCCUACUUAAUAGGAGGGAGGAAAUUUGAUCUACGGGUAUAUGUACUGGUGACAUCUUACAUGCCUCUAAAAGCCUGGUUAUAUAGAGAUGGAUUUGCCCGGUUUUCAAAUACUCGCUUCUCCCUGACCAGCAUUGAUGAUAAUUUCAUACAUCUUACAAAUGUGGCAGUCCAGAAAACCGCUCCGGACUAUGAUCCAGAAAAGGGAUGCAAGUGGUUGCUGCAACAGCUGCGACUGUAUCUGUCAGCGAAACAUGGCACUGAGGCUGUAGGAACCCUCUUCAGAGACAUGGACAACAUAUUUAUUAAAAGCUUACAGAGUGUCCAGAAUGUCAUAAUUAAUGACAAGCAUUGCUUUGAACUGUAUGGAUAUGACAUUCUGAUCGAUAAGAACCUGAAACCCUGGCUUUUGGAAGUGAAUGCGUCUCCAUCACUGAUAGCCAGCAGCCAGGAGGAUUAUGAGUUGAAAUGUCGCCUGCUGCAGGACACAGUGAACGUUGUAGACAUGGAAGGAAGGCUCACUGGGAAAGAGAAGCAGGUUGGAGGUUUUGACCUGAUGUGGAACGAUGGUCCUGUUUAUAGUGAAGAUCUAGAUUUUGAAGGAGGCAUUAAUCUCGUUGCUAACACUCACUUGGGUUGCCUGAAUGACAGGGAGAAGCAGUUGUGGCAUCUGUUAAAGCCGUUCACCACCCAGAAGAAGUAGCAGUGAACAGUGGGAGGAAACCAAAGAAUACAUGCAGUAUAGUGUCCCUGUCCCACACAGGGCUAGCUAAUACCUGUGCUUCAAAUCUAAUACAGGGCAGGACAGUCUAUUUGCAGUUUUAUGUAUGUAUCUGUUUAUCAGACAGUAUAUUGCCCUUGUCCUAAAAGACUCCACUGGGUAUUGGAGCAUGGUACAAUAUGCAUGGUACAUAUUUUCUGCAGGAAGCAAAAACCAAAUGCAACAUCACUGUAGGUUCUCUAUGCUCAUUACCAAAUACUCAGCACAGAUUGUCUUGGCUUCAUGCAUAGGUGACAUUAAUUUUAACUUGUACUUAAUUUAUAAGAACUUGGAGAAAAAUAGUGACGUGAGCAGUGGAAGAUUCAGUGACAAUAAAUGUGUAGUUGACAAACAAUUUCCCUGAAUGUAGGAGAUGGGUAGCACCGUUGUCCUGCACCCACACUUGAACCACACAUGAAACAUUGUAUAGACACCUUGAGAUCACUUGUGACUAAUGUUAACAGUACAGCAAUUACUUCAGUUGCCUGUCUGCAUGUGAUCCAUUGUCCUGCCCUAACCGUCUCCAUUAACACUGGGGAUGGACAGCAACUCAAUUCAGAAAGAGGUUUCCAGCCAAGUUUCCUUAAUGAAGCCUGUGCAAUGCAAUCAGCUCCUUUUACUGUGGGGAUUGAAUUCUGCCAUAUGAUUCAAGCUUCCACUCCCCACCAGUAGUGCAUCUCCCACAAAAGUAGUCAACACAGACUGUCCCUGAAAAAUUGCUCACGCUUUACAGCUCCUGCACUGACACUGCAUGCAAUGUGUGAGAUGUUCUCCCUGUAAUCGGUUAAUCCUAGAGUGCCCAGCUCAAGCUGAAUGCAUGCUGGAUGGUUCUUGAGAUAACCUCCUGCAUCCAAUUAAUCCUGCUCAAACAACUUUUCAUCCAGAUUCAGACUAAAAGAAAAUGAAAAAUCAGCCAUGUAGUGUCUGGCAGGAUUACUCAGUUACAAAUAAGCUUCAAUUAUUGGCGACUUCAGGACUCUGGUAGGCUCUUUUAUUUUAUACCAAGCCACAGUGUCCUGAUUUAGUGAGGUUUUGCUCAGUCUCUUACAAUGGACCUUGCUUAACAAGCAUAGAAACACUGGUCUUAAUUGUUAUUGCUUUAAAAUUAUACCAAACUACCAGAUGUCACUGGGGUCAACAACCACUAUACAUGUGAAAAUCAUGGUUCUCUCAGAUAAGAACUCAGGAGUUUUAAAAAAAUUGUAAGUCUACAUGGACACGUAACUAACUGGAAGUUCUGACAGGUCAGUCAUUUCAGUAACAAUGUGAGGGUCUCCAUCAGUCAGGGUUGACCAUGGAUAUUUCAUCCUAGCUGUUUAGAUACACAAGCAUGAGAGACACAGCUUGACAGCCGAUUUCUUCUUCCCAGGAUCAAUAAGUCUAAUACUGAGCAUGUAUUUAAAAUCAGAGUGCGAAGUUCAAAGGAGAUACGCAAGGGAAUUAUUUUUUUUACAGUGUGCGCCGGGUACCUGGAAUGUCCUGCU